AAAACAACAGCGAACAACGACGGCGACUAAUCAUUACAAAUAAAUAUUUGCAUCUGCUACUUCUUGGCACAAUGACAUCACCACUGAGAAGGACACGCCCGGACUCCUCUGUAGAAGAGGGUCCUCCAGCUAGUCGGCGUCGCACAGCUCAAACUACAGCCUCGACUCCUGUACCAACUUUGCCGGCCCAAACCAGUGUCGGUACCGCCGCUGCUGUACCUGUUCAACAACAACAGCCCGAUAAUGAUGACGAUGAAGAAGCAUUAGAAGCACAAGACGACACUGAUGAACAACCCAUUAUUGAUGAUGAUGAUGACGAAGAGCAAGAUAGUGAUUUUGAGGAAGCCUUUCCGGGUGCUGCUGCUGCUCAAGCUGAAGCAGUCGAAGAUCAAUACGAAGAAGACAUGUCGGAUGAAGCCGAUGACGAAGAUCAUACUGAAUAUGAACAAGAUAUUGAUCAACCUGAUAUAGACGAAGAAGAAGACAAAGAAGAUAGCUUCGAGGCCUCCUCUGCAGGAGAAGAAGUUCUCACUGGUAACGAUGGGGAGAUGGAAACAACCACUACAACAGGUCCCACAGGUAGCCAACGACACUUCAGGGAAGAUGAGUUUGUCAUAAUGAACGCGAGCGUCAAGAUGAUGGAUUCGAUUGUAGAUGCUGACGGCCCAUACAGGGACAAACUGAUCCAAUUGGCCCAAGAGAGUAUCCAAAAAUUCAACCGUUGCCGGAGUCAAGAUGAUACACAGCUUGGUCCCGAAAAGUUGGUUGAUGAAGCUUGGAACUCAGUGGAGUUCGUGUGGGCCCCUCAGUCGAAUCGAAAUGUCCAACAAGGAGCAACUGCUUUCACGACGAUGGGAUCUGCAGGCGAACAUUUCUUCCCUAUUAUUGCUUUCAGUGACUCUUUCUGGGAGAACGAUCGCCCCAGCAGAGAAUCCAACCUCGACCAUGAUGCUAUCCUGGGUACGAUGAUGGGAAAGAAGACGAAGCUCUUGUUCUACAAGAAGCUGAAGCACGAGUUCCUACAUGUAAUUCACCGGUAUCUGGACAUUAUUCACAAUCACCACUUCAGUGAGGAUGGCACCCCAGUAAAGUACACGCCAUGGAAUCAAGCCGACACAGCCAAUGGUGUUCCUGAGGUUGGUGAUCAUGACGAGGAAGAAGAUGCAGGAGGACCCCUACUCCCACGUUAUAACAACCAGAAGCUUUCCGAGACCAACCCCCUCUGCUUGCAGCACAACGGAGCAUUCCUAGAGCUGAAUGGCACCCAAGUUGAUGGCUUACUGAACGAGACCAUAUACUUCACGCUUGUACGGGCCAUGCGCCAUGACACGGGCAGGUGGUCUUGUCUGUUUUCUCGGGCCUUUCAGCACGGAGUUUUUGCGGAAGAAUUCUAUGAUGGCGACACUGGGACAACCAACUCUCGAGCUCGUAGGUCUACUGGGACGGGAACUGCAUCAAGAAUGAGCUCACCUGCCGCACCAAGAACUCACAAUCUUGGCAGAGGGGGAACAGCUGCAUGGCGUCUUACGGGCAACACGCCCAUCGUUUUCCCCGAAUCUUAUUUCUCACGCACUGUGUCAAGGUCAAGUUCGCCUACGGAAGGACUACGAGACAGUUAGAUGUGCCAAUGACACAGCCAGCAGAGAUGGAAAGAAUUGUAAAUUGCUUUCAAGGACACUUUGUCCAAAGAAACCUCGCUUGCCGCUGUCGGUACAGGUACCGGUACUGGUAUGGGAUCUAUUUUCUCCAACAAAUAAGCUAAAACAUUGAGACGCAAGGGAGAUGCAAAUACCCUGAAAAGGUCAACUAAAUGUCUGUCAUACCAGUUACACUGUGUACUGGUCUAUCAACAAACUCCUUCUUUGAAACAUGUAACGAAUUCAAAAAGAUGGAUCUUCUCUGCAGGGACCAGGUGGACAAAUGAAUUCACUGCUUGGACGUGCCGCCAGCAAACAUGACAUUACUUGCGCUACUCGUUGCUGUACCUGCUCUCAAAAUGUCUGGCCUCGAUUGGAGGAUGUAAAACAUGGCCGACCUGGGAUCACCGGGUGGCUCUGGAGCAGCAGCAAAGUGGUACCCGUCAUUGUUGCUACUACCACUUUUAGCAAGCAUCUCGAGUUUGGCCUUGGCCAAGACAAGAGCCACAAGCGUGGGACUCCAUGCUCCCAUGUCUCGACGAUGGAAUUCUCGAUUGAGCUGCAGGUACAAUUGCACUUGAGCACACUGAGUGAGUGGUCUCGGACCCACAACACGUUCAAGCGAUGUGUUUUGUUGAAGUGACAGGCACAGAAUUUCCCGCAAUGACAUCCAACCGCGCAUCAAUUUCUUGUUAUUGCCGAAUUCCUCCAUAUUGAUGCGUUCCACCUGAAAGUAUUCCACGGACCGAUUGGACCUUAGUCCUUGGAGCAGCAACAGCUUGAGUUCGGAGGCUGUCAAGGUGCCCAAGGAGAGGCUUUUCAAACGACAGGACGGGUCUCUCAGACCUCGAGCAAGGGUUUCGGUCACCGUCAAUUGUGGAUUCUUGUUAGGAUGCUGUGUCGGUGUCGGGACAAGCGUAUGGAAACAACGGGCAUCCAAGACUUGCAAGUCUGGAAAGUCUCGAUUUGCCAGGAUUUGUGCCAUGCACUGUACCGAUGACGUGGUCAAGGCGUAAAACUGAGGCAUCUCGAGUUUGACGAGAGUGCUCUUGUGCACCUGUACCAUUCUUUGCCAAAAGGCUUCAUCUUCUUCUUGGCAGAGCACCUGUCGUUGAUUGUCAUCAUGCCAGAUGUGCAGUGCAGCAAUUGGAGGCGAGUCAAAUGGCCGGGUGGAAGCGAGUUAAACGCAGAUUGCAGGAGCUGCCAAGAGAUGUAAGAAAAUCGGCAUUCUACCAACCGUAUCUGUUCAAUCAUUUCUGGUUCCACUUGAAACAUGACAAUGGCCACAUGUUGCCAGAAUGAAGCUUCGUUCCAUAGUAAGCAAGAAAGAUCUUGAUGCGUCACAAUUAGACCCUUGUGGGCAGCAAAUUGCCGACGUAGCAAGUACUGAACCACCACUCCUGGAGCUCCAUGAUGAUGCGCCAAAAAAGAUGGCAGGAUGCCCUCGUCGUCGUCGUCUUCAUCGUGCAAUCGCAUCAAAAUGCUUUCUGGAGCCGCUUCCAAGAGAAGGCGUAGCACCGAAAAUGUCAUGGAGGAAUUCUGCUGGCAGACAUGGUGCAAUGGGAUCUUGUGGUUCUCAUCCCUAAUGGUCAACUGAUCAGGUAACUUUUGUACCAGAAAUUGAAUCUUGGCGUUGGUGGUGGCUGUCAAGGGUUCCUGACAAGCCCAAUGCAGCAAUGUGGACGGCACUGUUGAUGUGGCCGGAUCUAACUGUUCCCCAAGAUCCGCCAAAGAGCCGCGCUUCAGGAGAUCCCUCCAAUGGUUCAUGUUGUUGCUGGUACCAACCAUUCUUAAUAAUAUGUCGACUAAUGAACUGAUAGCCAACCGACUCAACUCUUGUGAUGCACUUGCAUCCAAAGUCUAUCUAAUUGUUCCUCUGUCAGCUUGCUAUUAUAUUAGUAGUUUCGUCUUGG